AUGGGCAAAAACAAACAAAAAUCGUCAUAUUCAAAGAAUAUCAACAACAACGGUAAAAAGGCUUCAUCGUCUCGAGGAGGUGAUGAUGAUUAUGAAUAUUCCAUACAAGAAAAAAAGAGAUUGGAAACGUUAUCUUCUCAUCAUGAGGAAGAUGAUAAAAAGUCCCGAAGAAAGAAACGGGCAGGUCAGUCCAACAAGUUACAAGAUGAAGAUUUUCAACAAAUGAACCAACAAUUAGAACCUUUUGGAUUGUAUUUAAAAAAAGUCACUGGAGAUGGAAAUUGUCAAUUUCGAUCUGUGAGUGAUCAAUUAUAUGGAGAUCAAAAUCAAUAUCAGAAAAUUAGAACGGGAUGUGUGGAAUAUAUGAUACAACAUGCUGAAAUGUUUGCUCCUUUUGUUUGUGAUGAAAGUUUUGAAGAUUAUUGUAAAAAUAUGAAAAAGGACACAGAAUGGGGUGAUAAUUUGACACUUCAAGCAAUUUCUUUAGCAUUCAAUGUGAACAUUAGAGUUCAUCAAUUAGCUAAACCAUCUUUUGAUAUUGUGAAUUACAAUGAUCCAAAUAGCAAAUUAAUUCAAUUGAGUUAUCAUUUAGGUGAACAUUACAAUUCAGUUCAUUACAUGAGUGAAAGUGUGAAACAAUUGUAUCAAACUGCUAAAAAUAGUAGCUCUAAAAAUUCACAAAUUUCAAAAAAGGAAGAAAUUAUCAUUCAAUCCACUGGAUGUACAGAUCUCACAUUGAUUCGAAAUACAUUAGAAGAUUUUAAUCAAGAUAUGGAUUCUACGAUUGAUUUUCUAUGCCAAAUGAAAUAUUAUGAAAAUGCAAAGAGUCAUGAAGAUUUUGAUGAUCAUAAUACUACUAUUGGAUCCUCUUCUUCCCAUGCGGCAGAAGCUAUUACCUCCUCCUCUUCCUUUUCUUUGAACAAUAGUAAGAGUAGCAGUAGUAGUCGACAGUUCUUACAGAGUUCGUCCUCAUCAACAUUAGACUCUUCUUCCAUGUUGCUUUCCAAUAACAACAACAAUGAUGGAGAUCACUUGUUAGAUUCAUGUUUUGAUCUAGUCAUGUCUACUGUUGGAUAUGAGAGUGGUCAUGACAUUGAAUUGGUGAGAGAUUUAAUUACAUCCAAUAAUUACAAUGCAGAAGCAGUGAUUGAUAUGUUAUUAUCCAUGACAUCAGAAUCCUUUGAAAGUCAAAAUGGAAGUGGCUCUUCUCAACAACAACAACAACAACUAGACACAAAAAGAUCCAAUCAUCAUCUAACUCACUCUUCAGAUGUAAAAUCUAAAAAAAAAUUAACCAAACGAGAAAAGAAAGAAGCAAAACAACGGGAGAAACUUGCAAAGAUUCAAGCUCUUCAACAUCGAUCCAUUGAGACUCACACUGAAUUGGAUGAAGAAGCCAUUAAGAAGUUUGAAUCCAUUCAAAUAUAA